UUGUUACAGGUGUAAGUUAUGAUAGAAAGAAAAUUUAAAAAAGUGUAAGACAAAUAUCUCAAAACAAACGUACGAACAAAAAAACCUUACGUUGUUGUCCACCGUAGUGUUACAGCUAGCUGAUGGUGUCGGUUGUGGUUUUACGUCCUCCUGGCUUGAGUCAGUGGUCAUGUCGAUGAAGCUUACUAAACAAGGCUUCCACAGAGACCUUGUUUAUGAGGUUCGACAUGAGCCUACAUCACAUCCUGUCAAGACUCUGCUUCUUCACAGAUUGCCUAAUGGAGUUUACAUGGAUCAGUAUCAGCUUGCAGAUCUGAGGGAGGAAAUGGGAUUACAGGUGCUUCUCGAUUCAGCUUUAGAUCUCGAGGCCCCGGCCCACGUUUCUUCUGCUUUCUCUGCACUGGUCUUUCUCAGUCCUCCUGAGCCUCUACAGGCAGCAGUUCCUGUCCAUGGCCGGUACCACAAGGCAUCCAGUUCAGGAGGAUGGGAACGAGUAAUCAUCGAACCACCAAGACUACUGCUUCGUUCAGAACACUGUGACACUGUAAACCCUGGAAUACCUCACAGGGUGGUUGAUGCUCCUUGCACAAUUCAGAACCAGAGUUUGUGCUCAUGGCUGGAGGUCCAUGGAUUACAGGUGCCAAGUGUGAGCGUCAAGCUUCCAGUGGGCGAUUCCUCUCUGAUCAUCCCAGUGUGUGCUGUAACAACACUGGUGUCUCUGCUGUGUAGUGCUUUUCUCUUCAGGGCUGUCUGGAAACAUGGCAUCUUCUGAAACUGAAACUCUAAUAGUCAGAAGUGAAAAGGUGUCAUUUUCUCCUGUGCACCUGUACAGUUACAAGCCUAGGUUCAACAUAAAGGAGCACUGUUUGUGGGAAAGACUUUUUACCCUCCUGGAUUGAAGAGAAUAUUAUUUAUGUACAGUAAGUAUUCUAUAUCCUGCUGUUCUUCUGUCUGACCUGUAUAUGUUGUAUUUUUUUCAUUAAAGUGUUCCACUACCUAAUGCUUUUGUAUGUUUCCUACCCAAAUGCAUAAUGCAUAAAAAUGUAAUGUUUGUCCACAUGUCAAAAAAUGUUUUAUUGUUCUGUAUGAGGAAACACCAUUUAGUUUUUUUGUGCCUUGGAAUAUAUUACUUAAAGAAGAAAGCCCAGAUAACGGGAACACCUCAAAUAACUUAAAUGUGAUCAUUCAGAAUAAGACUGAAUAUAUAAUUGGUCUUUAUAUUUCAUUAAAAAAAUCUUAUUAGAUUAUUUCAUUAAUGUCCUCCGGCAUAAAUAUGG